AUGCCCAUGUUUGGCUGUUACCUGUAUGAUUCACUGACACUCCCAUCACUUGUAAGGGACUCGAAGGAUCUUCCAGAGCAAGAAGAAAAACAUCAACCAGACAACAAAUCUGACUUUGCCAUAGACCCAGCUCUUCGCAACGACUCUCCCCUCUCAUCUCUUCUCAACCCAGAUAAGAGGCAGAACGAUAUCUCUUCUCUUGUCAAUCACUCUCCCCCAUCACCAGAAGAGAAAUCACAGUCGGACGACAAUUCCAUGCCACAUAGGGUCGGACCAUUAUCCAUGUCCUCCCCGCACCACUUUGACAACAAUCCCAGAGUCCCAUCGCCUCCACCCGCCACCUCGCUCUCAGCUUCCCACUCCCCCUCCCCAUCAGUGACGUCCGCGGACCGCUCAUCAAUUUCCACACCUUCCGUCCGUCGAUCACCUCCCAACAUUCAAGCACCUCCGCCUUUAUACUCGACCUAUCACCAUGACCCGUCAAUGAUGCAAUCAAACAGGCAUCAUUCGGAAUCCCACUUCUCUGCACGUGCAGAGCCGAUGCAUCACCCAACCUACAUAUACACUCAUCCGCCCCCACCUCCCUUCGAUCCCCGGUACGAACACCACCAUCCAACCCACUCCCCCUAUCAUACCGCUGCGGGGCUUCCCCAUCAGUUCGCGGUUCCCGCCAUGCCUCACGGACAUGGCAACCCAAUGCGUGACGGCUACGGCCACCCUUACCCCCUACCCGGACAGGCUCCUGUCACUAUCAUCCACACUGAUGACGCCGCGACCAAAUUAAGCGACCGUGUUCGCAGACGUUGCUUCAACUGUUGCACCACCGACACCUCAACGUGGCGCCGCUCAAAUCUGUCCCCAGGGAAAGUGCUCUGCAACAAGUGUGGUCUCUUUGAACGCACUCACUCCCGCCCUAGGCCAGAUCAAUUUCCUCACAAACGAGGGCCCUUGGCCACUGCUAGCCUCCGUGGCCGGACCCCCCCAGGAGGGGGCUCUCUCUCAUCCAGCCCCUCCAUGGCGCACCCCAAUCACCCCCAGCCCCAAGGCCACAACAUGAACCAGCUUCCGCCCAUUUCUGCCCCAUACCACUAUACCCAUACCCCUCUCGCUCCCCUCUCAACUACGCAGGACAGGCGUGAGUACCAGUCAAAUACCCUUCCUGCUCUUCAGGCCUGGCAUGCCCCUCCGAGCGCUGCGGGAAAUGGGAAUGGCGGUGACUCGAAUCCGGGGUCUCAUGUUGGCCCACCAUCAAGUGCGAGUUCUAGAAGGCCCACUAUCGACGCUAGCCCGACUCUUCGCCAUGAUACCCCCCCAUCGCUGUCGUCGCGUUCUGGGAACACGUCCCAGGAGUCGGCUUCGUCCUCGCGGGCACCUCCUCCCCUUGAGCAAACCUCUUCGUCUUCCGCUGCUUCAAGAGAAUCUGCACAUGAUGAGUGAACAGUUUGUCAUCACAAUUAUGCCUUUCUUUAUCAUGUAUUAUUCCCUUUCUUCUCCCGACCUCCCUUUCUUCCCGAGGCACGUUCCUUACCGUCACCCAAGCGUGGAAAGCUAUCAUAGCAUCGUUACUUACAUCCCAUCGUCGUCAUACUAAAAUAUCUUGGAGGCUGGUCUUACGACUUUAUUCACCUUCUUUUUCCUCUCAUACUUACAAUUGAUCUUGCUCAUGGUUCGCAUGUCUGCUCAACUUGCUUUCUUGCUCAAAGCUGUAUCGUAUUGAUUGACUUGUCGAUCGUCUUCUACUUACCUCUCCCCCUCUUUCUAUUACCCCUCUCCCUCCUCUCUCCGCUUGUAGUACCCUUAUCAAGUCAUAAAUUCAAAAAAAAAAUCGGUUCUAAUCU